UCUUAAACGUUAUGCAGAACGAAACGUUAUUAAAUCGGGUAUGAAGUUUAUUGUUAGUAUAUAAAGUUUAUUUUAUAGUAUAAGUCUGAUUUAAUACUUUUAUUUUGAUAUUCAUUAUAUGAAGACAAGUAAAUAAUCAGUAAUAGAUUCAACUCGUAACUAUGGUCACGGAAAACUAAUGAAUUUGGUUAUGUGUCUAUAUAUACUACAUAUACGUAUUUUAUCACACGUUUAAUUUUAACUCGCGAGCGAUCGUAUAUAUACGUGUUCAAAUUAAUGGAUUACAUUUCAUAUAAUUGCACAAUUAAUUUCAAGAAGGAAAUAUAUAUUAAUUUUAAAUUCGGACCAAAUGGAUGGAUGUUUCCGGAUACUGACAAGAAAGUAUUCGAAUGUUGGAGCUCAAGAAACAACUGAACAAGAAUUUUAUUUACGAAGAAAGAUAUUAAUUGAAAAAAUUGAGUUACUUUGUUCUUUGAUCGAGACUAAUGCAAAACUAAUACCUUUAGAGAAAGAAAUAAUCUGGAACAAUGAAUUGUGCGAUUUUGAAAAAAACAUUGAAAAAGUUAAACUCGAAAUGACACAGUCGGAGAUUUUACUUCAAAAUGAGAAUUCAAAUUUGAAUCAAUUUCGGCGAAAUGUUGAAUUAAAUUGGAGAACAACAAAAUUCGCAAAGAAAAAUAUCGAAGAAAACUUGAAACAAAAAAUAAAAAUACGAACAGCGGAAUUUUCAUCGAUGUUAUUAGUUUCAAAUUUGAAGAACAAAGCGCGGAAAAAAUCUAUAGAAACAGAAAUUGAAUGGUUCAAUCUUCGCUUAAAGUCUCUUGACGAAAUAUAUUGUCUGAGAAUGAACGCUUUAUGCCACGAACGCUACAGAAUGAGAAAACGACAUUUGGAUCAAUUUGAAAAAUACGAUAAGAAUAUUGGAUCACUUUAUGCAUGCAAAGUUAGUCUUUUAUUGAAAAAGAACUAUACCAACGAAGAAUAUAUCAUUAUUCAGGAUCAACUUCUUAUCCAACGUAGUUUGUACGAAAGAGUAAAGGAGGAAAUCGAGGUGAAUACAAAAAAAAUUUUUUUAGCAAAUGUAGAAUAUUUUCGUCGAAAUCACGCGGCAAAAAUUAUUCAACGAAAUUGGAAAUUAUAUUGUACGCGUGUGCCUUCGAAAAAAAGAAAAAGUAGAAAAUUGACAAGCAGUUGAAAAGAUUUCUACAUUUUCCGGACAGGUAUAAAACAUUUCGUAUU